AUGCGUGAGGAAAUGUCCGAGAGAUGGGCUGCACCAGAAUCUCUCCUUACUCCCCUCCUGCACGAGAAGACACACCUACACACAGCCGCAAGCACAAGCCAACUCCAAACAGGGCUCAGCUCGUGCCAACACGGGCCUAGAGAACACGUACUGGAGGCCAAGUCUUUGAGGCGUGUCUACGCUAACACGGACAGUGAAGCGUAA